AUGGCCAUGAAUGUCAUUGGCAGGGUGGAGGAGCUUACAGACUCGGAGCCCGAGGCCCCAACUCCAAAGCCACCAUCAGUCCCAACCUCAACGAAGCGCGAAGAAAAGCAGACAAAUCCAAAGCCUGCUGGGAAAGCAAAGAGCCAGUCAAAGGUGCUCAAACGACCCAGUGCGUCUGUCUCAGAUGCCAAUGCUGAAGAGAAGGGCAAGAAGGCGAAGAAGGCAAGCGGCUCAGAGGCUUCCACCCCGAAAGGCAAGAACACGCAGGAGGAGAAGAAGGGUGCGAAGAAGGAUGACAAGAACAAUAACAAGAAAGAUGAGAAGGAGGAUGAGCAGAAGGGCGAAGAGAUCGUCUACAAGUUGAAGCCCUACUCGACCACCUUGGCUUGCGGCGUGAAGGCCAAUAACCGCCAGAUCUUCCAGGUCAACGUCCCCGGCGGCACCUUGGACCAGAACAAGGAGAUCGCCAAUGCCCUGAUGCAGGAGCUCAAGCAAGGGACCAGCUUGGAAGAUGUGCUCUUCUUGAAGGACAGCAUGAUUGAUGAGACUGUGCAGCACAUGAGAUCUCAGAAGGGUCCGGAAGAGCAUGACUGA